AUGUCUGAGCCCACUCUUUCAUCUCCUUCUACUGUAAAAAUCUCCUGCAGCGAACCUGGCUGUGUCCAAUCCUUUGCUGACGACAAGUCACUCAAAAAACAUCAAAGAGAGGUACACCAACACUCAACCCUCUGCACUCCCUACGCCACUUCUUCUGCUCCUUUCCAUGUACAUAGAAAUCAAGAUGGAACUUUUCACUGUCCUACCAAGCAUUGUACUUGGUCUUCCCCAAUUCCCGGAACCUUUCAAAAACAUGUCAAAAAUUGUAAUCCCGAUUCUUUCAACGACAGACCCAAAGUGUUGCCUCUGCCUCCUAGUAGCUUGGCAACCCUCAUCCCAGCAGGAAAUCAGAUCACACUCACCAAGGAGUUUCCAUUCUUGGGAUUCAACACUUACGCCAAGACCCUUGUCUGUCUCGACUGCCACUGCGGAGUGCCAACAAAGGAAGUCGCCGGCCACUUGAGGAGCAGCCCCCACAAGAUCAACAACAUCAUUCCAGAUGCAAUCAUCCAAGCCUUCAAAUCAAUCAAUGUCACUGUUCCUCUUGAGAAUAAACGCACCCCACCAAGGGCAUCCCAGCCCUGGAAGCCAGUAGAGGGCCUUUACCUCAAACUAGGGAUCAUCUGUGCGGUCCCUCAUAGAGGGUCCAUCUGUGGUCAUGCGGUCCAAAAGGAAAGCUCUAUGAGCAACCAUUUCUCUGAUAUUCAUAAAGAUGGUCAGCUACAUUUGGUCUUGAUUCAGUUGCCCAAAGUCCUGCUCCAAUCACUCACAUCUUCAUCAACAGUCCCUGGCGGAUGGGCUUCCAAUUCACAACGGACCUACGUUCAACACUUCAGCAACUCGACCAUACGUUACUUUCCUGUAGAAUAUUCGGCUCCUCACCCAGCAAUCAUACCAGCUCCAUCUGCUGCCCCCUCCGAGAGUCAGUCAAACACAUCCGUUUUGGCUUGGGAACAGCUCUCCUCAGCCCUCAACAAGCUGGAUGUCCUUGGCCAUAAACAGGCCGUAACAAUCUCCUCAGAUGAUGCCCAUCCGGCGCUUGUCUCCAACUUUCUCAAUUCUUCUGGAAUACAUGCACACAUCAAUGCUUGCACCGACUUACUGCAAUGUUCAACCAAGGAGCUUCACACCAAAGUCCACUAUCCCAACCUGCUGGCAACCUGGAAACCCUGCGUGGAGAAGUGGCUCAUUGGCUGCAUGACAGAACUCACCUCGGUUCACGAUGCAGUGACUAUGGAGGCACUCAGAGAGUCUGUCAAUGAUCCUCCUUCAAGAAGACCAAUCCGAGCCCUCCAACAGAGGAGUACCGCUGUUCAAUAUGCAUCCGUUGCAGCCGAAUUCAUUGUCUUCACUCUGGAAACAACCGGCCAGCCACUAGCAACACAUUUCUGGUCAGCCAGCAAUAGACGUUUGUCUGAAUUUGCAGAAAAGGCAUCAGCUAGUCUCAGCUCAAUCCAGAGUGACAAGACAGAUGCUCAAGGCCAAUUCGACAGAGCCUUAAACUUCCUCUUCUGGAACUCCACCUCUUUCUCCGCCUCCAUCCUGAAACGCUCAAAGGUGCAAUCAGCAUUAGAGCAGUUCAUUGCCCUUUCAAUGAUCAAACCAGACGGCUCCUUCUUCUCCCCUUCAAAUCUGACUCAUACGAUCGCUGCCCUUCAAUACGUCAUACGUGUGGCCACUGUCUUUGCUUGCCUGGAAGGAACUGAGGAGAUUUACGCACACCCUCCCUCAGACAUCGAUCCCAAAGAUCAUCAUCUGCUCGAGCAGUCGGCCAUAUCAACAUAUUUUCAGUUCAUUUACGACGAAAAACUCAUCUCUCCGUUCUUCACCAUACGGAAUUGGAUGCGUCUGGCUUCAACUAUCGUGAUGAACGAAAAACCUCCAGACCCAACCUACUGGGCCGAUUCAGAAAUGACAAAGCUGGUCAUUGGCCCAACCCAGAUCACCAUAACAGCUGUGCAGAGAGCCCUGAGGAUUGCAAUAUGCUCGAUCAACUCAGUCAUCCAACACACCCUCCAUGGGGCCUCCUUCCCCGACUUUCUCUAUUCAAAGCUAGACGAUCAAAGUGCAAACACGUCUCUUGGGUUCAACUAUCUGGUGGCCUCAGCCAAUGAACAGAUGUACCACUUUAAACUUCUGAAAGACUGGGUGCUCAAUGGAUCCUCACCACCCAACGUCCUCUCUCCGGCCUGGACGUCUGCCAUGCGGCUCGAGAAUGGUCACUACUCACUCAACUUGGACCAACUUUGUUCAAAAAAACACGCCUGGGACUGGCUAGAGAGUGCAGACCUCAUUCUGGAGCACAUCUACUUCAUCUAUCACGUCGGCUGCGGUCAACCUGCCCGUGGAACUGAGGAGGCUGCAAUGCUUAUCCGGAACAUCGACUCAGCUCCAAGGAAUAUCUAUUGGAGGGAAACAAGAUUUAUGUUCCAGACCUACUACCACAAGGGUCAGAAUAUCUCAAACAGGUCAAAGCCACGACAGGUGUUCCUCACAGCCGACCUCUCAAUGCACUUGCACAAUUAUCUGGCUUAUAUUCGCCCCGUCCAAAUACUAGUGAUCAUCCAGCCCCUCAAAGCCUUGGUAGAUCAAACCGUCAACGACUUCAAGAAGCUCAAAACCGUCACAGUGCAGCACUUUGAGAAAGGAAACUUCAUCGAUCCUCUGGCCCAAGUAAUCAUUGUAACAACAAAUCAGGCUGCCGACUCUCACUUCUGCAACCAGCUACGCUCUUGCUUGCCCACACGCAUCAUCAUUGAUGAGGCACACUCAUUCCUUGAAGACGGAUACCGUGGAUACAUGCCUGGAGUCACAGCGCUCACUCAGCUGUCCACUCAACUCAUCCUCACAACAGCCUCGUUGCCUCAUUCUCAAGAAGACGACCUCCUGCGAAUCACCUUUGGACUGCGUCGCUUGAUCACCAAACGUCAGCCCACUUUCAGACCAGAACUCAACAUUGAGGUCUUGAGAUCCCCUGCAAAAUGGGAACAACUUUCUUCAGUCAUCCAGCCCUUGAUCAACUCUUUCCUGCUCGGCCCCAAAGACCGUGCAAUGAUCUUUAUCGAAAACAAGAAUGCUGUUGAGCUUGUUGGGCCCCAAAUUGAGGCUGUCAUUCACCACUCGGAUCUGCCAGACGAUGUUGCAGCCGCGGCCGUAGAAAAGUGGACAUCCGGUGGGGCUAGAUCUAUUGUGGCCACCAGCGGAUUUGGGACAGGGAUCAAUUAUCUUCACGUCCGUCUGGUCUGCAUUUACGGCAUCCCCAACCGAGCAACAGCAAACAAGGCUUACCAACAACUUGGGCGCGCCGGACGGGAUGGCCACCAGGCUCACAUCUUUUUCAUUCCAACUGUCUCAGACCCCCAUGGCGAUAUCGAUGACUUCAAAAAGAAUCUGAUGAAUCCUGCAGUGUGCCCUGCUAACACCUUUGCUCAACAUCAAGAUAAUCUCAACUGGUCUUGCAGGAACUUUCCCACAUUCCUUUCAUGUGUCUGUUGCUCAAGAUUAUCAGCCAACCCAGCUUUACUUCCAUCCACCUUAUCCUUGUCCCAGCCGUCUUCAAUUCCCGAUUGGUCCCCUGAUCCAUCAGCACCAAGCAAUUCAUACAACUCCUCAAGUACUGUUUCAGCCCAGGCCACACUAGGCGCACAUGUGGGAUCAGGGCUCGCUCAGUCUCGCAAACGCAGACGCUUGGAAGACACAGAUCCACUUGCAGACAAACUUGCCACCUCCAACACUCUGGCGGCCGAGAGUUCCCUCUCAAUCACUUCACUGGCCAGGUCUGCUGAGCAAGCUCGUCUGCAAUCAAUGCCCGACAACAGAGUCAACUCAAACCAGAUCAACCGCGACAACUCUCUCAUCUCCCAUGAGCUCUGGGAUCCUGGCCGCUGA